UCAUCCGCGUAAUAUAGACACACUGGCCUUACUCAAAGCCAGUGUGGAUCACAUUUAGCCACUUAUGCAACUUAUAUUGAAGACAACACAUUUUGUAUGAUAUUUUGCAUGACUUAAUUCGUGUUUUAUGUCCAGAAUAUUUGCAAAUUAUUAAUUGCAUAAAUGUUUAGAAAGUCUAUUAAAUCGAUGUGUUCGACUUUCUCCAGAUUCGGUACUCCACUCUACAGCCUAAACUCGUCGACCUCGACACAUAACUGAGAUGUCCUGUGCUAACGUUAUCCAACUCCUAGUUUAGCAAUUCCCUUUGUCUCCAAACUACAUGCAAUACUAGAUAGCUAGCUAUGUCUACAACCUCUAAAGUUGUACUGGGCGUUUCUGUGAUACUUACGGUGAGCACCGUUGCAGGAGUGCAUCUCAAGCAAAACUGGGACCAAGAGAGACUUCAUGCGGGAGUACUUAGAGACAUUGAACGUUUGGAGAGGAAGAGAGAGAACCUGCGAGUGCUCGAGCAACAAAGAAGUCUGACCAAGGAGCUCAAGGCAGAGCGCGACAGGAGAGAAUCUGGGCAGCAGGGCUCCGAUCAACCCCAGGAGUAGACUGUCUGACUCCACCUGGUUAUGAUGGAAAGCGGUGGUGAGCAGAGGGGCCAAGUGGAAGAUGAGGCCAUGUGCACCU